UAAAAGAAAAAAUUCGAAGCACAAAAAUAAAAUUUAAAUUUAGCGCGAUUUGAGUAAAAGUUCAAAAAACUGCGGUAACUUCAUUGAAAGCACAAAUUUACACAAAAAUAAGCAAAAUUUGAAAGCUAUGCAUUGCUACUCCAAAUUUAUACUACUACUUUGUAUAACGUUGGCAACGCCGCUCUACCCAACGCGUUGGCAACACGCCUACACAUGCGAUCUACAUUUAAUGUCACCUCGAUGCUGCAUAUACACCUGGAAAAUUAUCCGCUGGAUGGAGACUGAAAUUUGCAUAGUUGAGUACAAGUCUCAAGGUGAACCGCAUCGCUUCUCUCUUCUUAUAGAUGACUUCCCGGCAUGCACAGUCUAUCGAUCCGGUCCAUGUAUACGUGAUGCAGAGAUCUGUGUGCCAUUGCGGCAACAUGUUUACAUUUGUCAAACUUCAAUUAGUCUAAUAUUCAAACAUCAGACAGUGGAGUGGUGCUUCUCCUCGUAUUUGAAAAUUUUCGGCGUGAAAAUGUAUAAAUAUUCGAGACUUUGCACUUAUUUUGCGGAGCAUUACUUUUUCAUGCCACGAAAUAUUGAGGAUUUAUUGAUUAGAUUGGGUUACUAGAGAUAAAAUU